AUGUCUGGAGGCUAUAUUUGUGAAAACAGCAAAAAAAUCCUGUCAAAAAAGACAGAAUUUACAGAUAAAUCUAAUAGAAAUAUAUCAUUUUAUAAUAAUUACUCUAUAACUAAGUCAGAUCCAUUUUCAAACGUAUAUAAAGGCCUUACAGGUCAAUAUAAGGACAUACUUAUUAAUUACUGGCAAAAUAUAAUAAAAGAGAUAGAAAACAAAGAUUAUGACUUUAAAACUCAUCCAUUACCUUUAUCUAGGAUAAAAAAAGUCAUGAAGAUAGAUGAAAAUGUUAAAAUGAUAUCUACGGAAGUACCUAUUUUAUUUGCAAAAGGAUGUGAUAUUUUUAUUAAAGAGCUUACAUUGCGUGCAUGGUUUCAUGCAAAAGAAAAUAAGAGACGUACUAUACAAAAAUCAGAUAUUACAAAUGCAAUAUCCAAGUCAGAUAUGUAUGAUUUUUUAUUAGAUAUUGUAUCAAAAGAAGAAGAUGAUGAAAGUUUAAAAAAUGAAAAAGGUUAUAUGGCAAAUAUCUCUAAAUUGAAUUUUAUUUCAAAAAUUCAAAAUCCAUUUAUUAAUAAUACAGAUGAUAACUAUUCUAAAACAUAUACAAGUAACUAG